UAGAGAGUUUGUUUUCAAAUGGGAAAAGUAAAGCAAUGAUCAAAAAAGAACAAUUAAAAGAAAAUAUUUUUAUGCAUAAAAGAUCUAUUCACAUGAUCGUUCGGUAACAUCUGUUUAUCUUUUUAGGACUGAGAUUUCAGAGUCGCCUUCUUGUUGCUCCCUCUUCUUUCUCUCUCUACCCACCAAACUUUGUUAUAUUUUUUCUAAAUAAAAAAUUAAAACUUUGACAGGCCAAGAAUAUUUAGUACUGUACUUCAUAGUUAGUGCCGCGAUACCAUAUUGAUCUUGUUGUUCUUUUUCAGUUUUGUUAUUCUGGGUUUUCUUUAUUUGUAUCAAGAUCUUGUUUUCUUCACCUGUUCACAUAAGAAGUGUCACAAAAAUACUACCUUUUUAUUUAUUUCUUGAUCUUGAAUUUUGAUUGUCACGUUUUGAGAUUGUUUUGAUCAAUUUUGAGUCUUACCCAGCAAACCCUUUUGGAUUUUGAGUUAGAAAGUCGAGUUCUUGCAUCAUGAUUUGCACUAUUAAGCAAUCUGUUGUAACACCAACGAUCAAUGGAUCUGAUGCAAUUUUUCGUAGAAAAGUUCAACCACCAACAAGAGGAUCUUUGUUUUUGCCAUCACUUUCAAUUCAAAAGAGCCAAAGAUCACUUCUUUCAUUGUCAAAACCUUUACAUGUCUCUUCAAUUGAAUCAUCUUUUGCAGUUCCUUCAAAGGAAUCAUCAUUGAUCACAUGCAAAGCUUAUGAGGCAGAUAGAUCACAGCCAAUAGACACGACGGAGGGGAAAUCAGAAGCUGCAAGGAAGGUUAAAAUUGGGAUUUAUUUUGCAACAUGGUGGGCUUUGAAUGUUGUGUUUAAUAUUUAUAACAAGAAGGUUUUGAAUGCAUUUCCGUAUCCCUGGUUGACCUCUACGCUUUCACUUGCUUGUGGAUCUCUUAUAAUGUUGAUUUCAUGGGCUACAAGAAUUGCUGAGGCACCUAAGACUGAUUUUGAGUUUUGGAAGACACUGUUACCUGUUGCUGUGGCACAUACAAUUGGGCAUGUAGCUGCAACAGUAAGCAUGUCAAAGGUUGCAGUUUCAUUUACCCAUAUCAUUAAGAGUGGUGAACCCGCUUUCAGUGUCUUGGUUUCAAGGUUCCUGUUGGGUGAAACCUUCCCUCCUGGUGUCUACUUGUCUCUUCUUCCAAUUAUUGGUGGUUGUGCACUUGCUGCUGUUACUGAGCUCAACUUCAACAUGAUUGGUUUUAUGGGAGCCAUGAUCUCCAACUUGGCAUUUGUUUUUCGGAACAUAUUUUCAAAGAGGGGCAUGAAGGGGAAAUCUGUCAGCGGGAUGAACUACUAUGCUUGCCUCUCUAUUUUGUCUCUUUUAAUUCUCACACCUUUUGCUAUUGCUGUGGAGGGACCGCAGCUGUGGGCAGCAGGAUGGAAAACUGCUGUCUCUCAGAUUGGACCGCAUUUUGUAUGGUGGGUGGCAGCCCAAAGUGUGUUCUAUCAUCUGUACAACCAAGUGUCAUACAUGUCCUUGGAUGAGAUCUCUCCCUUGACAUUUAGCAUUGGGAACACCAUGAAACGAAUAUCUGUUAUAGUCUCCUCCAUUAUCAUUUUCCACACGCCCGUCCAACCAGUCAAUGCUCUUGGAGCUGCUAUCGCAAUCCUCGGGACCUUCUUAUAUUCACAGGCAAAGCAGUGAUAAUGAUGGGCAAUUAAGAUAUUCAUCAUGUAACCUAAACGAUGAUGAGUAGAGAGAAUUGUGCGAAGAAGAGGUUCGGCGUAGGGUUGAUAAUUGCAGUGUUUGAAGAUCCACGACUGCUGGUUUUUGGCUGAAUGAGCUAGCAGUAUCUUUCUUGUAGAUAAUAAUAAUAAUAAUCAAUAAUGGUGGACAUUGCUCUUAUACAUUAGUUAGGCUGAGGAGAAAAUGUUGGAAUAAACACUUGGAUAAAUAUGUCAUCCAGAGGUUGUCUUUUUUGAUAACAAACAUGAAAUAGUAUUUGAGAUUGCUAUGAAUGUUUAUUUCCAUUUCUUGCCCUAGGAAGAGGUAUGCCAUCCUCCUAUACUUUUGAAAUUUGAUGAUCAUACACAAGUGAAUACAGAGUGGCUCUUCUUUUGCA